CUAUGCUCUGCCAGUAACUCUCAUUUAACCCUAUAUAUCUUUCCUUCCCUUCCCUCAAACAAAAAUAUAUAAUAUAAAAGUAAAAUAUUGUUCCUAGUUGGCACAUUGAUCUUUAUUGGCCAUGGAAAAAAGUAGCAAUAAGUACUUCAAACACCAAACCAUGAAGGAUUUCACCACCACCACCACCACCAACAAGAAUGUUAAAGAAUAUUCAUGGGAUAAUAUUAAUUGUGGAGAUGAAGGAGAUUUAGUAGGAGGGUUUUUAUGGCCACCAAGAUCCUACACAUGUACCUUUUGCAAAAGAGAAUUCAAAUCAGCUCAAGCUCUUGGGGGUCACAUGAAUGUUCAUAGAAGAGAUAGAGCUAGACUUAGACUUCAAUCAUUAUCUGAUACUAUUCCAAACCCUAACCCUAAUCCUAACCCUAACCCUAGUUGUGUUUCAUCACCAUCUUCCCCAUCAAGAAAAUUCUUUCCUCCUUUUGUUCCUACACUACCCCCAUUAUUAUCUCCUACUUCGUUUUCUUCUUCUACCGCUGGUGUCUCUCAUGGGAUGAAAAAUGGUGAUUUGACAAAAAUGGGAAGUGCAAAAUUUGAGAAAAAUGGAAAAGAAUGUAGUGAAGUGGUGAAAAAGGGUGAAUUUUUGAGAUUGGAUUUGGGAAUUGGCUUGAUUAGUGAAUCAAAAGAUGAUCUGGAUUUGGAGCUUAGACUUGGUUACAUUUAGAAAAAAAUGUUCAAUGCUUGAGUUGUUAGCUUUUUUACUAGUUUAAGAAAGGGGUUGGGGGCGGGG